CUGAGGAGCAUUGCAAUGCUGCUGCUUAAUGGGCUGCGUUCCGUUGGGGACCGUAUGGCGUACAGUAUGGCAUACUUCCCCCGAAUCGGGGGGGACCAGCAUACGGCUCGCCUUGCGGAAGCGUGCGGGACCUUGCGCUCCUCGGAGGUGAAUGCUUGGCGGUGUCUGGCAACCUUUGUUUAUCAACAAACCGCAAAGAUGGCCGCCUCUUCACCACUAUGCUUUCAGUGUGGGGGCUGCCAACGCUAUUUUGAUAGCUUAUGCGAUGUCACAGAACAUCAAAAACAAUGCGACGCUCGGGCACCUACCGCCAUGGUAGCUGCUGCUACAGAGGCCCCUCCAGCACCUGUGGCUGCAGGAACAGCCCCUCCAGCACCUGUGGCUGCAGGAACAGCCCCUCCAGCACCUGUGGCUGAGGGAACAGGCCCGGGCCCUGCCACCAUGGGAGGUAAAGGUUUCUUCUGGCCUAUAAAUGCUGUCCUCCUCCUCAUUGCCACAGUGGGAGAUUUGAAGCAAGAAUUUGCAAAGGGGACCAGAAAGGUAAUGAAAACUAAUACUUGUACUCAUUGUGUGUAUUAGUAUGUUGAUUCCACUGUGAUAAACUGGGCAGGUAAUGAAAACUAAUACUUGUACUCAUUGUGUGUAUUAGUUUGUUGAUUCCACUGUGAUAAACUGGGCAGGUAAUGAAAACUAAUACUUGUACUCAUUGUGUGUAUUAGUAUGUUGAUUCCACUGUGAUAAACUGGGCAGGUAAUGAAAACUAAUACUUGUACUCAUUGUGUGUAUUAGUUUGUUGAUUCCACUGUGAUAAACUGGGCAAGUAAUGAAAACUAAUACUUGUACUCAUUGUGUGUAUUAGUUUGUUGAUUCCACUGUGAUAAACUGGGCAGGUAAUGAAAACUAAUACUUGUACUCAUUGUGUGUAUUAGUUUGUUGAUUCCACUGUGAUUAACUGGGCAGGUAAUUAAAAGUUUUUUUUUAUGUUUUGUAUUUUUAUAAAGAAACUUUUUUGUAUAAGUUAUCAUUGUUUUGUACUUGUAUUAAUAUAUAUUUAUACUUUC